AUGGCUUCUUCAUCGAAACCCAAAAGUAUUUACGACGUCUUCUUGAAUUUUAGAGGUUCAGACCUGCGCAACAACUUCCUCAGUCAUCUCUACAAAGCUUUAAACCAGAAUGGAAUAUACACUUUUAUUGAUCGCGAGGAAAUGAGGAAGGGAGACCAAAUAUCGGCGGCGCUUACGAAAGCCAUUGAGCAAUCGUGUAUUUGCUUGGAAGAGGCGGCAAAGAUUAUGGAAUGCAAGGAGCAAAAUGACCUGACCGUUCUACCGGUUUUUUAUAAAGUGGAUCCAAGAGAAGUGAGAGGGGGAAAAGGGAGGUAUGGGAAAGCUCUGGCUAAGCAUGAGUCCAAGUUUGGGAAGGAUUCGGAGAAAGUGAAGAGAUGGAAGAAAGCCCUUUUCAACGUCGGUAACUUGUCCGGGUGGCAUUUGGAUGAUGGGUAAGUUGAGUGGAGUUCAUAUUUUGCGCAAGAAACCAAAAUUUACAAGUAGGUAUAAAGACUGUUUGUUAAAAAGAAUGAAUGAAUCGACACACUUGAUUGCAUCUAUAAAA